UCUUUUGUCCGUGUGUCUCAUGUGUGGGGGUUCUGUCCGUAAGUUUAUCUAUCUGGACCGAUCAACAGGUGUAUGUGUCAGUGUGUUACACCUGUGUACAUCUGUGCUGUGCUCUCAGUUUAGGUACACGUACACCUGUGUGAGUGUGCGAGGUUCCCUCCGCUCCUGGGGCGGGGCCCGUUCCCAGUUCCCGGUUCCCAGUUCCCGGUUCCCGGUUCCCCGUUCCCGUCCACCCGCGGUCUCGGGACCACCCGACCCUGGGGGACAAGGAGCCCAUGGCCAGGAAGGAGCCGCUGCUGAGCGCCCUUAAAGGAGCGGUGCUGCGGCUGCGGGAGGGCGCGGGUCCCUGCACGGACACCUCGCCGCACCUCGUGUCGCUGUGCCAGCUGCUGGAGAGCAUCCUGCGCAAGGGGCUCCGGCAACCCGCCUGGGGCUUCCGCACACGGGAUUAUUGGCACUGGCUGGAGCAGCUCCCCGCGGGCACCAGCGGCCGGCCGAGCCCCGUGUCCAGCGGCAUCCGGAGCGCCGGGCGCUGCGAGCGGACGCGCACGGCGCAGGGCCGGGGGCGGCUCUUCGUGCGCUUGGCGCUGCAGGGGAAGGUGUUGGCGGCGGCCGUGGGGCAGCUGGCACAGACCCCACGGCUCCUGGAGGUGCGGCCCGCGGGGGGAGAGCUACCCACGGGCGGUGGGCUGCGAAACGGAGGCGUGAUCUGUGCUAUUUCACUGUUUCAGUUUUAUGACCCAGGGAGCUCCAUCCUCGGCAGUGAGGAUCUCCGGGAGCCUUUCCUCUCGCUGCUGCUGGUGCUGACAGAGAUAGAUUUCUCCCUGGACCUGCAGAAUUGCAGCUUCUUGGACGAGAGCUGGCUGCUGCCGGUGUGCAGUACUUAUGAGACAGUCCCGUGCCGAGCUCUGGGGAUGGUGCUCAGGUACGUGGACGGCCGAGUCUUUGUCACCAAGGUGCUCCCUGGGAGCCAGGCAGAGGUGGACGAGGUGGUGCUGGCCGGUGACAUCCUGGAUGAAAUCAAUGGCUGCUCACUGAGAUACGCCUCUCCCGGGCAGGCUGGGGCCGUGCUGCAGAGGCUGAAGGGACAGCCGCUCACCCUCCGCCUGCUCCGCUGGCGCUGGCACGACGGGACGGUGUUCGAGCCACUGCUGCCCUACCUGAGGGCCCUGAGGGAGAAGGAGCCCCACUUCCAGCUCCAGCACAGCCCCCAGCACCGGGGCCAGGGGGAGCCCCAGCAGCUGCAGGGGGGCAGACUGCUCUACAAGCUGCAGUUCCUGGGCCAGACCAGCGUCGGGACGUAUGGUGGCAAAGAGGUGCUGGAGGGAGCCAUCCCUGCCGUGCUGGAGGGGGACUUGGCAGCUCGGGAGGUUUUAUUUGAUGUGAAGGAGGCAGAAGUCCUUGUGCAGGAGAAGGUUUCUUCCAAGCUCCUGAGCCGUCACCCCUACCCGUCCAUCUCCUGCGUGGGACGCUGCCCGUGGAGCCCCAGCGUCUUUGCCUUCUGCGUGGUCUCUUCCCCCGAGAGCCCUGAUGGGAGCACGUUCGACUGCCUGGUGUUUGCAUCCAGCUCUGCACAGGAAUGCGAGGAAAUCGUGGGGAGAAUCGCUGCAGGGUUUAGGCACACGGAGUGGUUUGUCUGAGAAGAACUGCACGAUGAGGCAGCACUGCAGGCCCUGGCUCCCGAGGUGGGAUGGUUCUCAUGGUGGGACACCAUGGACAGCCAGCACCAGUUUGCCUGGAACUGCUGCUACUCUUCUCCCAGAGCAGCACAGCACUGCCAUUGGAAUAAAUCAAGCUGAGCUGGCUCAACCACGUCCCUGUGCUGCUUUCUGUGACAGCUCCAGCCUUACUCGUACAGCCUGUUCGGGCAGGG